AUGAAUUCAUGCAAAUCAUCUCCAUCGCAAUGCACAGAAAGACUAUUCUCCUCCCAAAUGUUCUUGUGGACUGUUUCCGGGGCUGCCAUACUACUUCUCAGUGCCUGUUUUAUCACCAGAUGUGUUGUGACACAUCUCAUCUUUCAAUGCUGCAAUGAGAAAGAAUUCCAGCCACGUGAUGACUUGAUGGGACUCUCCUGCUACAGUGAUGGGUCAGGUUCAGUCAAGAAUUGCUGUCCACUGAAUUGGGUCUAUUUUCACUCCAGCCACUACUUCUUUUCUACAAACACAUUGACCUGGACAUUAAGUGUAAAAAACUGCUCAGACAUGGGAGCUCAUCUGGUGAUUAUCAACACCCAGGAGGAGCAGGAAUUCCUUUUCAUUACAAAACCUAGAGGAAAAGAGUUUUAUAUUGGAUUGACAGACAGGAUGGUUGAGAGUCAAUGGCAAUGGGUAGAUGGCACACCUCUCAACCAGUCUCUCAGCUUCUGGGAUGCAGGGGAGCCUAACAACAUAGCUACAGCUGAAGACUGCGUCACCAUAAGAGACUCUUCAAACCCAAGGAAAAAUUGGAAUGAUGUGCCCUGUUUCUUCAAUCUGUUUCGGAUUUGUGAAAUGCCACAAGCAAAUAUUCUGAAUCAAGAAAAAUCUCUUUGA